AUGGUUGGCGUGACCAAUGCCUUUUUAAAGCCGUCUCGAAAGCUACUCGCAGCAGAAGUAGAUUUUCUGGCAAAAUCCGACCCUGGGCGCAGAUUCGGCUUGAUUCCCCGAAGUGGUCAAAUUGAAGAUGGCUUUCGAGAGAUCACAUUUCGCGAUCUGGCCCGAGCAGUAAAUGCCAUGUCAUGGUGGAUGGAGAAGAACAUUGGGAAACCAACACAGGGAGAAACCAUUGCGUACUUGGGGAACAAUGAUGUUCGGUAUAUCGUACUUAUGCUUGCAUCGCACAAACUGGGCUAUACAAUUUUCCUUCCUUCAACUCGACUGUCAAAUGAAGCUUACGCCAAUGUGCUUGGGGUGACAAACUCUACCAAGAUGCUAUUCAGUCACGAGAAGCUUCAAAGACUACUGGAAAUCAAUGAAUGCGUAACAAUUGAUUCGGUCGUGGUGCCCGGAGUAAGUGAAAUCUUUGAUGAUAUCUGUGGCCUGGAUCACUAUCCAUUUGAAAAGACCUUCAAAGAAAUUGAAGAUGAAGUCGCCUUCAUGAUCCACAGUUCUGGAACAACCGGAAUGCCUAAACCUGUUCACCUUACCCACGGCUUCCUCAGUACAUGGGACAACGCGCCACACGUCCCUCGCCCUGAAGGUCGGGAGCCAUCCUUCUUCAAUCAUCUGGGCCCGGCCAAUUUGGUCCUCUCAAGCACUCCGUAUUUUCAUCUGAUGGGUCUGAUUUCGUUUUUCGAGUCUAUCUUUCACAAUAUCCCCUUCGUGGCCAGUCCGGAUAGGCCGCUUUCAGUUGAAUUGCUUAUCACUAUCCUAAGAGAGGCCAAACCGACUGCAACAAUUCUGCCACCUUCUAUUCUAGAGGACAUGAGUCAAUCUGAAGAAGCGCUCGAAUGCCUCAGUACCCUUGAGUUUGUCUGCUUUGGUGGCGCUCCUUUGUCGCCAGAAAUCGGGAACAAGUUGCUUCAAUACACGGGAUUGAGAACAGUCAUUGGCUCUAGUGAGAUGGGCAUCAUCAACUCCUUCGUCCCCCAAGGCGAAGGCAACUGGGGAUACUUUGAAUGGAAUCCGGUAUACAACAUUGAUAUGCAACCCAUUGGAGAUGGGUCGUAUGAGCUUGUCAUUCCUCGCACUGAACAUUCUCGCCUUAUGCACGGUAUCUUCCACACCUUUCCUACUUUGAAAGAGUAUAGAUCCAAGGAUCUGUUUACAAAGCAUGAAUCCAAUGACUUAUUGUGGAGAUACCACGGUCGCCUGGAUGAUGUGAUUGUGCUCAGCAAUGGAGAGAAGCUAAACCCCGUUACUUUGGAGAAGAUGAUCGAGAAUGAUAAAUCCGUGCAUCGCGCACUGCUUAUCGGUCAGGGCAGAUUUCAGUCUGCCUUGUUGAUCGAACCUGAGUAUGCUGGCGAUCAGGUGUAUGACGAGAAGCAAAUCGUUGAUUCGAUUUGGCCCCAAGUGGAGAAGGCUAAUGAGAUGGUCCCCAACUAUGGCCGAGUCAUGAAGAACAUGAUUCGACUCUCAUCACGGGAAAAACCUUUCAAGAUCACCCCAAAAGGCACGACGCAAAGACAUGCUGUGAACAAAGAUUACGCGCAGGAGAUUGACGAGCUUUAUGCUGCCCAAGAUGACCAGUUGGAGAUGCAACUCCCUUCUGAUGUUGAUCUUGAAAGCAUGAAAGGGUAUUUGCGCACCGUGAUCUCACUUUUAUUGGGCGAGUCAAAUUUCGGCAACGGCGAUGAUUUAUACAGCGUAGGAAUGGACUCUCUACGCACAAUUCAACUGAACAAAGUAUUGAAAAAUGCCGUUCGUGCUAACAACCCUGGCUUGGAUAUCGAUUCCAUCAACCUCCAGAAUAUUUACGCCCAUUCGACCGUCGACAGACUUGCUCAAAUGAUGAUGAUAGUUCUCAAGGGAGACGCCGGCACUGUUACAAAUGUUUCUCGAUCCGACAAAAUUGCCCAUCUGAUAUCUAAAUACACGAGUGACCUGCCCGUUCGAUCUGCAAAGCAAUCACCUCGGCCUCCGAAAGAAUCGAGAGUGGUUCUCACAGGAUCAACCGGCUCCCUGGGCACAUAUCUACUCCACAGUCUUCUGAAGAAUGAAAACGUCACAAAAGUCUACUGUUUCAACCGCACAGAUGAUGCCGCUGCUCGCCAGCUAGAAAGCUUCCAAUCCAAGGGCCUUCCCACCUCUCCCCUAUCCGGUCCCAGAGUCGAAUUCUUACAUGUAUCUUUCGGCGAGUCGCAAUUCGGUCUUCCUGACAACAAGUACCACUGCCUCCUCGAAGAAGUGGACCUCAUCAUACACAAUGCGUGGAAAGUCAACUUUAAUCAUCCAGUCGAAUCUUUCGAGCACCCCCAUCUGUUUGGCAUGCGCGAGUUCGUCAAUCUCAGCAUCAACGGCCGCCAAAACGCUCAUCUGGCUUUCAUAUCGUCAGUCAGCACUAUCGGAGGCUGGACGCCCGACACUAUGGGCCCGGUUGUUCCCGAAGUGGCCAUGGAAAGUGUCGAACAAGUUCUUGAGCAAGGAUACGGCGAGUCCAAAUUCGUUGGAGAAAGCAUCUGUGUCGAAGCAUCGCGCAAGGCAGGUGUUCCGACAAGCAUUUUCCGUGUGGGACAGAUUGCCGGUCCAGAUACUCGGCUGGGGCUAUGGAACCCACAUGAGUGGAUUCCGACACUUGUGGCUACAUCGAGGGCGAUGGGCAAGGUCCCCGCAGAAUUGGGCGGAUAUGCGAUUGAUUGGGUCUCUGUGGAUGCCUUGGCCAAUAUCACACUGGACAUUCUCCAAACGCGCCGUUCGGCCCUAUCGGAAGAAACGAAUGCCGUCUUCCAUCUGACGAACCCACAUCGCAGCAAGUGGUCUUCGCUUAUUCCCGCUAUCCAGGAUAAGUAUCCUGUGCAAGUGGUUUCUCUUGAAGACUGGGUCAAUGAGCUUGAAGGUAUCACCGAUCCUUCCGAGCAAGAAUUGAAUGAAAAGCCGGCGCUGAAGCUCCUUUCAUUUUACCGAGGACUUUCGAGUGAUAAUAACAUGUUGACGGCGGAGAUUAGUGUUACGCAAGCGAAACAGGCGAGCAAGACGAUGGCUAUGCUGGGGCCUGUCUCGCGAGCUCAAAUGUCGAACUGGCUUGACCAGUGGAAUUUCUAA